AUGCAUUUCUACAAUACCAUUAUCGCUCUCACCGCUCUCACCGCCGGCGUCAGAGCCCUACCACCUCGCAGAACCACACCACGCAAUGCAAUCGGUAACGUCAUGACUGGCACAGGCGGGGUAGCACCUGGCGGCUCGGUCAACGGUGCAAGCACAAACUGCACAAACUCCUCGGGCUUGUCGUUGGGGUUGGAGUGUUUACUAGGUGGUGACAGCAUCGUAAACAUCGGAUCAAACAACGCUGGAGCAGGAGGGGUAGGAAGUUCAGGUUCGGCACCCAUCCAAAGGGUUGGGUCAAAAAAGUUUAGAACAUCAAAGUUCAAGGGCGUCCCCGCAGGGAACGUGUCCACUGGAACGGGCGGAUUAGCACCAGGUGGCUCGGUCAGCGGUGUCCCUGGCAGUCUCAUCAACAUUGGCUCAAACAACGCAGGAAACGGCGGGACGGGUACGAGCGGAGACGUACUAUGA